GCAUGGAAAGACCAUAAGCAUACUUGCUGCCUUUCUAGUUUCUAUGUCACACCCACGAAAAGAUAGAGCCAUGCUUGGUUUUCUUUUCAUUCUCAUUCUCUUACCUUCAUCAUUUGAGGCUUUCUCGUAUGAAACCGUUCCCUCAGACAUCCAAACCCAAGACAUGCAAGCCUUGAUUGCACAAGCUUGCAUGGACGUUGAAAACCAAAACUCAUGCCUCACAAACAUUCAAAAUGAGCUCAUAAAAAUUGGCCCUCCAAGCCCCACUUCAGUCAUGAGUGCUGCACUCAAGGCCACACUCAAUGAAGCCAGAGGAGCCAUUGACAACAUUACAAAGAUAACCACAUUCUCUGUCAGUUACCGCGAGCAACAAGCCAUAGAAGACUGCAAGGAGCUCUUGGAUUUCUCAGUUUCUGAGCUUGCAUGGUCUUUGGGAGAGAUGAGGAGAAUUAGAGCAGGAGAUAACAAUGUUCAAUACGAGGGUAACCUUGAAGCGUGGCUAAGUGCAGCUCUUAGCAACCAAGACACGUGCCUUGAAGGCUUCGAGGGCACUGAUCGAAGACUUGAGAGCUACAUAAGUGGAAGCUUGACACAGGUCACACAACUUAUUAGCAAUGUUUUGUCUUUGUACACUCAGUUGCAUAGUUUACCCUUCAGGCCUCCCGGGAGGAACACUACUACUACUGCUACUUCAACAACUCAAACUGAUCAAAGUUUGGAGUUUCCCGAAUGGAUGACCGAGGGUGAUCAAGAAUUGCUUAAAUCCAAGCCACAUGGUGCACAUUUUGAUGCCGUUGUGGCAUUGGAUGGGAGUGGUCACUACCGCUCAAUCAUGGAUGCUGUUAAUGCAGCUCCUAGUUAUAGCAACAGGAGGUAUGUUAUAUACGUGAAGAAGGGGCUUUACAGAGAGAAUGUAGACAUGAAGAGGAAGAUGACCAACAUCAUGCUCGUAGGUGAUGGUAUUGGCCAAACCAUUAUCACCAGCAACCGUAAUUUCAUGCAGGGAUGGACUACUUUUCGAACUGCCACGCUUGCUGUAUCUGGGAAGGGUUUCAUUGCCAGGGACAUGACAUUUCGGAACACAGCUGGGCCAGUGAAUCAUCAAGCCGUGGCACUGCGUGUGGAUUCAGACCAAUCGGCUUUCUAUAGGUGCAGUGUGGAAGGGCACCAAGACACCCUUUACGCCCACUCACUGCGACAGUUCUAUCGUGAAUGUGAAAUCUACGGUACCAUAGACUUCAUUUUUGGCAAUGGGGCUGCUGUUCUACAAAAUUGCAAAAUAUACACAAGGGUCCCACUUCCGCUGCAGAAGGUUACCAUCACGGCCCAAGGUAGAAAAAGCCCACAUCAGAGCACUGGGUUUACAAUCCAAGAUAGCUAUGUUCUAGCGACCCAGCCCACAUAUUUGGGUAGGCCAUGGAAGCAAUACUCUAGAACAGUUUACAUUAACACAUACAUGAGUGGGCUUGUCCAGCCCCGAGGGUGGCUUGAGUGGUUUGGAAACUUUGCCUUGAACACUUUGUGGUAUGGUGAGUACAGAAAUUAUGGGCCUGGGUCAUCCCUUCCGGGUAGAGUUAGAUGGCCCGGUUAUCAUGUGAUCAAAGAUGCUUCCACAGCUAGUUUCUUCACAGUUCAACGGUUCCUAAAUGGUGACACGUGGUUGCCGAGAACAGGUGUAAAGUUCACGGCAGGUUUGACCAAUUGAAUUAUUUGCUACCUAUCUUAAACCCUUCACUAUUUAUAAAUAUAUAUCAAAAUCAAUAAGUUUACCA